AUGAAAGCACUUCGACGUUCCCUCAACAAAGACUCGUCACACACAUCACAACAACGUGUGCCCUCGUCCAUAUCCCGCCCUGCUCAGUCCGCUCCUCCUCCUCAGAAGGUCAUUCGCGCCCUGUCAAAUUACCGCUCCAAUGCUCCCCAGGAACUCUCAUUCUUAAAAGGAGACUUCUUUUACGUCAAAGAUGAAAUGAAUGGCUCGGGCUGGUAUGAAGCACACAACCCUUUGACAGGAGCAAGGGGAUUGGUGCCUGUAGAGUACUUCGAGACAUUUGGAAGAGGAGGGGCAAGAACGUCUGUUACCGCUGGUAACCUUCCCUCCAACAUGAGCAACCCCAAUUCCCCUCCCCUCUCGAACGCAUCCUCCCAGCCUGGUCGACCAGGCAAAGGCGCAUUCUACGCUGUUGUACAAUACGACUUCGAAGCGGAGCGCGCUGACGAGCUAGACUGCAAAGCCGGCGAGUCAAUUCUUGUCAUCGCUCAAUCCAACCGCGAGUGGUUCGUCGCGAAACCUAUCGGUCGCCUCGGAGGCGCAGGGUUGAUACCAGUCAGCUUUGUCGAGAUCCGUGAUCCCUCAACAGACAAACCGAUAGCCAACGUCGAGGAGCUUAUCGACCGUGGGGAGAUUCCGAAGGUAGAAGAAUGGAAACAGAAGGCAGCGCAGUACAAAGCUGCGACGAUCCCGCUCGGAAAAUUCGAUUUACCCGCAGACUCAACCGGGGUUAUAAAUAGUCCAUUCGCAACUACCGGGCAAUACCCUUUCCCUACUGAGGACGAACCCUCAUCCAGCGGUCCCUCCCAAGGUUACGACCAGCCCAACAUCCCUCCCGCAUCGACAGAAGAUGGCAGCGCACCUGUCUUGUAUCGAUUACCUCCUGGCAUCCCCUUGUCGGCCGAAGUCACUGCAUUCCAUCACGAACGGGAGGAGUGCUACUUCAAAAUACCCGCUGUUUGGCAGCCAGAUCCUGACGGUGGCUCUAAGCUAUCCCGUAUACACCUCACACUGUACAGAACGUACGAGGACUUCUACACCCUGCAAAUCCAACUAUUGGAUCAUUUCCCAGUUGAAGCUGGGCGCUCGGCACCUGAAGGCUCCGCUGCGUUUGAAGAACGCAUACUACCGUUUAUGCCCGGUCCGGUAUCAGAGGUUACCGACGUCGUUCUCGCACAACGGCAGACAGAGCUGGAUAUCUAUCUACGACAGUUGUGCGACCUUCGUCGAUCGCACCAGCGCAUCCUGCGAAGCGACGAAGCAUGGACUUUCUUCAGUCUGCGUGCUGGAGAUACGCAGAAGUAUGCUGGUCUUACGAACGGAGACGAGGACUUUGACGGUGCCCUGAUGGCGCUACCCCAACAGAUGGCGAAAGCGUCCCUACACAACCACGAGUCGAGCUCGACCAAUAGCACGCGACCGCGAACAUCCAGUGGACGGAGUGGUCUGAGCACUGCACCUACAUCGGCGUCACCACCUACGGAACCAGGCGAUGGGCGCUCACGAGCAUCGAGUGGCGCCGGUCAUGGAAGGAUAGCUGGGAAUGGUGCCGGGGGUUACAACCCUGACUACCCGCCCGCACCUCUGUGGUCGGCCUCACGACUGGCAGCUUCACCAGCCAUAUCCGCAAAUGUACCUCAACCUGCGUAUUUGAAAAUCAAAGUUUUCAACGCGCAAACGGAUGACAUCGUCGCCAUCCGCGUUCAUCCUCGUGUUUCUUUCGCCGAACUAAUGCAGAAGAUCCGGGAGCGGGUUGGGGCUGUUACGCGUGUACGAUACCGGGGAAGCAAAUACCGGCCUGGAACAGGAGAUCUGGGCACAAUUUUAGAGAACGACGAACAGAUGGUCGAAUGGUUCGUCUCGGGCGAGAGGUUGAUACUGUACGCUGAAUAAUCGCGGUUCUAUCUUGCUUUCUUGUAUGCCGCCCCUCAUAAGGAGUGCGGCGCUCUCAGAUUCCAUUUUCUGUUGUUCCCACCUCUGUUUCUUCUUCGUUCGUUAUGUUCCUGUAAUAUUUCAGUACGG